UUUUUUUUUUAAUAUUAUAUAAUACAAACAAACAAUUACAUUUUCAAUCAUAAUAAUAAUAAUAAAUAAUCAUGUCCCAUUUGGUUAAUGCUAGAGGUAUUUCUUUAUUCUCCAAUGGCAUCUAUGCAGGUGUCGGUCUGACAUUAGCGGCAGUGACGAUCCCAAGUUUAAAAGAAUGCAAGGAUCCUUUACCAGUAUUCACACGUUCGGUUGACAAUGCACACAUAUUGACUCUAAGUAGUGUCUUGGUCUCAAGUGGAUGUCAUCUUUAUAUUUAUUACAAGACAAAGAAUCCUCGUGCACUUUGGUGUGGUGUUGCCUCCUUUGUUGGUCUUCCUUAUACCGUAGCUUUCUUACUACCCAUCAAUAAUCAACUUACGGUCUUACAGGAAAAAUCGACAACGGAUGAUUCUUUCAAGAUCAAUGAUCUGAUUACCCAAUGGGGUCAUCGUCAGUGGUUCAAGGUCCUGGUUGGUAAUGCUGCCUUUAUUUUCAAUAUCUUUUUUUACUCUUGAAUAGUUUUAAGUUUUUAUUUUAUUGAAAAUGAUUUUAAUAAAGAUUUAUUUUAAUAUGAUUCUU